AUGCCUCGUAUUCCUUACUCCCUGAUAUGGAGAGCACAUCGAGAGAAUCCUCUGCUACCUCUCCUUCUGAGGGAGUGUCGCACUGUCGAUUCUGCCCGUAAUGAGCUUCGUUGGCUCUAUGAGGCGGUUCGCGAGAAGCCAUCUCCCACAAAAUGGAGCUGGCUGAUAUCCAUGUGUCGAUUACGAUCAAGGGGCUUUCCGCUCCAAUAUAUCCUGGGCAAUCAGCCAUUCGGCGAGUUGGAAAUCCUUUGCCACCGGGGAGUCUUGAUUCCAAGACCGGAGACUGAAUCAUAUACCUAUAAGUCAGCUCAAAUUCUCCGUCAACGGAACGAGGGAAAGUCUGAGAGGAAGCUGCGUGUCCUCGACCUUUGCACAGGUACAGGCUGUAUAUCACUCCUUCUACAUACGCUGCUCGCACCUCAUUUCCAGAGGCUUUCCAUCACAGGGGUGGACAUCAGUCCCGUGGCAUUGGGAUUGGCCCAGAAGAACAUCCAGCACAAUGUACAACUGGGGCACUUAGCGCCCCAUGCCUCUACAGAUAUCCAAUUCCACCGUGCGGACGUCCUUGGGAGUGGCAGUGACUCCCUCACGUCCAUCCAGUCAUUACUCCAAUCCCUCGACCGAUGCACUUCGCCGCCAUCAGCAAGUGUGCAAUACGACCUCCUGAUCUCCAACCCGCCGUAUAUCUCCCGAGCAGAGUUUCGUAACGGCACCACGGCACGCAGUGUGCGACUCUUUGAGCCAGAGCUCGCCCUUGUACCUCCAACGGUCACGGAAACCGGCACCCCGGAGGAUAUCUUCUACCGCCGGAUUCUUUCCUUGGCCCUAGAGCUGGAGACACCGCUCGCGGUGCUUGAGUGUGGAGAUAUGGCACAGGCCCAGCGCGUGGUGGCUCUCUACGAACGGCUGGGCUCCAACAGCCACUCCAGCGCAGAGAUUUGGCCAACCAGCGAACGAGACCUAGCCGAGUAUGGUUUCCAUGAAACGGACGGGUCUCGCUGUGUGAUCAUUCAACGACUACUACCAUGA